CGGACCAUUUGUGCAAACAAGUCCAACUAGUACGGAUAAACGAUUCUUAGCGAUAAAGGAUCAAAUAAAUAGAAACCCGAUACAUAUUAACGUUAUAUAUGCGUAGGCUGUAGAAACUACUGAGAGCGAUAUUAUAAAAUUGUCAUUGAUUUCUUCAGCCGUCUUUAUUUUCGACAAUGGCAUCACUCUCUCCAUCGUCUUCACCUGAUUCUGCCACAGGCUCAGGUACCGACCCAGCUCGGCCUGAUACAGGAGAGCCUCUCCGCGGAGGAUCAGACUCCGACUCAGAUCUAGGAUUAGGGAAAUUCUACUGCGGUGUAGAUGACCCGGGUCAUCGACUGGAAGGGGAGGAAUUGGAACACGAAUUUGAGGCAGCGGCAGACCGUCUCCGAGAUCUAGUUCAGACGGCCAGUAGGGAACAAUUGUUGUACCUGUAUGCUAGGUAUAAACAGGUAAAGGUUGGAAAGUGCAAUACAGCAAAGCCUGGGUUUUUCGAUUUUGAAGGUCAAAGAAAAUGGACAGCAUGGAAGCAGCUUGAGGACAUGAGUGCAGAACAGGCCAUGCAGGAGUACGUUUCGUGUGUAACUUCACAAGACCCAGACAGCAGUCAGAAGGAGAGAAGAGAGAGUAGGACAGGAUUUGGACGCCCAGCAGUCAGUUCCCUCUACCAAGAAGAAAUUAUCAGGGAAGAAGACAGGAACAUAUUUGACUACUGCAGAGAAAACAACAUAGAACACAUUACCACGGCUAUCAGUUCCAAGAAAGUGGAUGUCAACGCAAAAGAUGAAGAGGAUGACGAGGGCCAGACAGCGUUACACUAUGCGUCUGCGUGUGAGUUUGCUGGCGUAGUGGAACUGCUUCUACAGGCUGGGGCAGACCCUUCCAUGAAGGACCAGGAGGGCUCUCUGCCUGAGGAGGUCACUGAAUCCAGCUCCAUCUCCUCACUGCUGCGCCAGUACACCGCCCCCAAGGGCUAGGCCCAGCUUCGCCAUCCCCUCUCCUCCCCUCCAGCCGGUGCCCAUCCCAUCCUAGACCUAGCAUCCAGCUCUCUCAGUAAUGGUCAUCACACUCUGAAAGUGCAACCCACCACUUCAUCAUCUCUCAUGUCCCAUUCCAAGGAAUGCAUCCAUCAUCAUCGCUAUUAAAGAAAUGAGUUUCUCUCUGACUUUUUCAGACCACCUCCUUUGAUGACACGACAGUCAUGUUUGCACUUCGGAUUUUGUGUUACCUUCACUUGUCUUGUCUUUCCUGAUUAUUAUUAUUGAUUUUUUUGAAAGACAUUUGGAUAGCAUAUAUAUAUCUUUUUCUUUCUUUUUUUUACCAAUAUACAACUUCCAAAGAAGUUGACCUAUUAUUACCUAUCUAGUCUGACUGCUUAUUUAGCAUUUUAGUUGGUAUCAUCCUUGCAUAUAUAGAUCUGGACAAGAAAAUACAAAUUUAACCUAUAUUUGUCCCAAAAUAAACUUAGAAUAUGCAAUUAUAUAUUCAGAUGGAGCAUGGAGAAAUCUAGCUAAAAGUUAUUCCAUGAUAACUAACAUAACCAUAGCAGCACACCGAUCAAAUUCCCUGGCCAGGCCUCUUCAUUUGAGUGAACCCUUUGUCCACUGAGCACAUUCUGUCUCCCUUGGCCCACCCAACAUACCCACACCCUCUAUUAUGUCACUUAAGAUAUAUUUGGAUGUUCUCCAAAUAGUCAACACAUGGGCUGCCUCCAAAUCUGCUUUAGUUUUUCAUAAGCUCUUCUGAUCAGAGCAGUCUCUUUGGCACCCCCUCCCUCCCACCUGAUGAGAAUACUAAAUCUGGAAUCUCAGCUCUUAACUACAGCUUGAUAAAGAAGCUAAUGCACAUUUGAACAAACAAUGGGGACAUGCUGUAAUCCCUCUCUCUGAACACGAGGCAUUAAAUAACAGUCAGCAAAAAGAGUCCUGCUGCGGCUGACUGCUGUCUGUCACCAUGGCCCCAGCAUACAGAACAGAGAUGGUCCAGCCCAGACACUCUGCUCUGUUGCAGUAUCACUGAGAGAGAGAGAGAGAGAGCAUUGUUAUGCAUUCCCUACACAACCAGGAAUUAUGCUGUCGGUAUAUUUCCAAAGGAUGUUUCGCCCAUUUUCCAGUAAUUUCCUAAAUCCUGAUCGGGUUGGAGUAGUAGUCGGUGACGGCAUGCUCCCCAGGCAUGUCUGCACAACUGUGACACUAAGCCCAUUAUGUUUCCAUUAUGGGCCUCCAUUUUCUCUGAGCUUUUCACUUUUGACACUGCCUCCUCUCAAAUCGCAGCCCAUAUUGCUCAACCUUCUUUACUUAACGUUUAUGCAUUUUUACAAGUCGCCUCUCUAUGGUUCUCUAACACCAUUAGUGACAGAUGGCCAAGGUUUGUUACAGAGAUGAACUGGAGCACUUUCCUCUCCCUCUCUUACUCUCCCCAGUCUGGGGGUUAAAAGCAGUGGCAUGUCAUUGUACUGGCCAAGUCUUAAUGCAAUCCGCUCGCUAGUCCCCAGAACAGCAUUGCUUGAAAUUCAACAGUAAGCAAAAUCUCAGCUCUGCUGUUGAAAUGCAUCCCUCUAAUAUCUUCAAGAGGACUCGAUAAGUCUCUUGCUGCAAGCUGUGUGUUUAGUGCAUGAUUAACAAGCAUUGCCGUCUGCUGCUACUCAAGGCGAUAGUGAUCAAAGCUGCCACACAGACACUCAAGUGUCUAUAUGGUUCUUCUCCUCAGAAUGUUCUUAUGCAACACCUCAGCAGACACUGAAGGCAAUAUCCUGUUAACGACCCUCCCUCUCUCUAAUUAUAUUAUAUGUACAUCUCAUUUCUGCUAUAAUGACCCAGUGAAACAAACCUAAUUUCACUUCAAACAGAAGAACAACCUUGAAGUUGUCAUUGAAAGGCCUCUCUGUGACUCAAACCCUUUUAAAGCUACACUCUGUCAUGGCAGCCAUUGCUCAACAUUAAAAUAAAAUAUAAUUUUAGGAGACAAAUAUCCUGUCUUGAUGUCCAAGAUUAAGUUUAGUCUGAACCAAAUAUCUAUUUACAUGUUAAUGUAUUUCUUUCCAUCAGAAGGAACAUAGAAUUGUUACCUUCAUGAAGUUUGUAAUAAAAGCCUCAGAUCGAUGAUAAUGGCAUUUGUGCUUGUGUUUGUCAUCUUUGCAAAAGCAACAGUGCAGGAAUUUCCCAGAUUUAUUUGUAUACUAGUGCUGUAAGUGCCGUGUAAAUUAUCCUAACUGUCUUUGUCGCUGUUUAUCUUUGUAAGGCAGCACUAUUAAAGGCUAUCCAUUAA